ACACUUUCUCUUACUUCCAAUCCAUCCAAUUCAUUCGCAUUCCAUUUCUUCAAGAAUUCAAUUACCCUCCCCUUUUCUUCUCAUUCUUCCAUUCCCAAAUCCCUAUCUUCCUUUUUCUGCUUAAUCCGAGAUAUUGAACUCUUGGGAUAAGACAGCUAGUCCUUGGAUUGGAUAGAGUUCCUUGUUUUGAAGGAUCAUGACAGCAUAUGACAUGGAUCCUGAUGUUGUUCGCUGGGGCCUUCAUAAUCUCUUAGAUGUUUGCACACUUUCCAAUAAUGGUUCUCCUAGUAUCAUAACUAGAUAUGAUCCGGAUUUAAGUAGCAGCGUAGAAUAUGUUAGAGAAGGCUUCUGUCAGCCUUCGUACGUGGAGAAUGAUGAAGCUGUUGCUCGUGCUUACCAGGAAGAAUUAUCACAACUUCAAUCCUUGGAAGCUUCUGGGAUGUCGAAAUUCGGGAAUGAUCAAGCGCGGGCAGCCGUACUUGCACAGGAUUGGCAUUCUUACUCAGAUGGAAGCAGAAAUUUUGGUGGCAAUGAAACUUGCCAGAACUCUAACAGUGAGCCAUACAACAUUCCAGAAGCAGAGAAUUAUGAUCCAAGUGGAAGGGAAAAUGGUAUGCAUGACAUUGAUGUUUAUGGUUCCUCUUCUGGGUCAGGAGAGAUUCCAGUUAUUAGUGAUGAUAUGUGGCAUACGUUGGAAAUAAUGGAUGAGUCUUCUCUUGACGGUGAAGUAGGCAAAAUAUUAAACCAGAUGGUCCCAAUCCCUCAUAUUCCUAAAACCAAUGAAAAAAUUCCAUCAUAUGAUGAAGAAGUAUCAGAUCACCAAAGGCUACUAGACAGAUUGCAGUUGUAUGAAGUGGUUGAGCGUAAGGUUGAAGGAGAUGGUAACUGCCAGUUUCGUUCUUUGUCAGAUCAACUCUAUCGCUCACCAGAGUAUCACAAACAUGUGCGGGAGCAAAUUGUUCAACAGCUCAAGUCUUAUCCAGAACUAUAUGGGGGCUAUGUUCCAAUGGAGUAUAGUGAUUACUUAAAGAAAAUGAGCAAGAAUGGUGAAUGGGGUGAUCAUGUCACAUUGCAGGCUGCUGCCGAUUGGUAUGGUGUCAAAAUUUUUGUGAUUACAUCAUUUAAGGAUACGUGUUACAUCGAGAUUCUUCCACAGACACAGAAGUCUGGAAAAGUGAUCUUUCUGAGCUUUUGGGCGGAGGUGCAUUACAACCCAAUUUAUCCCGAAGGAGAGUUGCCGGCACCCUAUGCAAAGAGAAAGAAGAGAUGGUGGAAUUUUGGUGGUUAGGAUUGAAGUAUUUCAUGCAUGCAGCUACUUUAUCAUCUGUUCUUGUUUAUGGCUCUUCACUCGGCUGUGGUUAUGAGUUUUUUUUAUUGAAGUUGCAUAUUUAUACCA